CUGUGAGUAGGAGCGGAAUUACUUUCCUCCGUCUACCAAAAAGGUAUCAGAUACCACGCUGUGCGGUCCGAUCCUCCGGAACUUGUCCUUGAACUUCCGACGAGUCGACAGACAUCACCCAUUGCAUUCACGAUGACUACUAGUCGUCCACAAAAUUUCAAGCCUGGAUUGCUCAUUAUUGACAUGCAGAAUGAUUUCUGCCCUCCUGAUGGCUCUCUUGCUGUUACAGACGGGCGCUCCAUCAUACCAAUAAUUAAAAAGCUCGCAACUUUACCCGCAUUUGUGUCUAAGGUCGCAACGAAAGAUUUCCACCCACCCAACCACGUUUCUUUUGCCUCCAAUCACACGGCGCCUAACAACGUACCCUUCACUUCAUUCGCCACAAUCACAAAUCCCUACAACCCAAGCGAGUCAUACCAGACCCGUUUGUGGCCGGAUCACUGUGUACAAGGCACCGUAGGCUCAGAGCUCGUCGAGGGCAUGGACCCAGCAGCUAACAACAUAGACGCCGUGAUCGAAAAAGGCGUAGAUAGCCGUGUGGAGAUGUACUCCGCCUUCUACGACCCGUUCACGUCCCCAAGGAUCUGUGACAGUGGGUUAUCUGAUUUUCUGAAGAAGUCUGGAGUGAACUGGGUUUAUGUCGUGGGUUUGGCCCUCGAUUAUUGCGUCCGUGCUAGCGCUUUGGACGCUCGAAAGGAGGGCUUCGAAGUUGUUCUCGUUAGAGAUGGCACAAAAGCAGUUGACGGAUCUGAAGAGAACGUUCACAAAGUGGAAGAAGAACUCCGUCAAGCGGGUAUCAGGGUUGUCGAUAUGGCAUCCCCUGAAGUCCAAUGGCUAUCUACGAGCAGUUAAUCACAAUCCUUUAUAAGUAAUCAUCAUUUUCAGUGUAAAAAUAUGCUUCGAGAAUACAGAAUUGUUCAAUACAACAAAUGGUUAAUUACUCGCUUGACUUUGGCGUCGGUCUGCCUAUUGGCAUUCUACUGGUGCAAAGUCCUCACUCAUCAUCAUCACCAUAAUCCGAAUCCUCAAAAUAAUCAUCACCAGUUGGACCAGCUUGCGUCGAGACCG